GGCGCGCGCCCCAAAGACGCGAACGGUCGUUGCAGAGCUUGUGGGCGGCGGCGACGCCGACAUGGAGGUCGACCCCGAGCCUGUCACCCUGCUGGUGAAGAGCCCCAACCAGCGCCACCGCGACUUGGAGCUGAGCGGCGACCGCAGCUGGAGCGUGGGGCACCUCAAGGCCCACCUGAGCCGCGUCUACCCCGAGCGCCCGCGUCCGGAGGACCAGAGGUUAAUUUAUUCUGGGAAGCUGUUAUUGGAUAACCAGUGUCUCAGGGACCUGCUUCCAAAGCAGGAAACCCGGCACGUUCUGCAUUUGGUGUGCAAUGUGAAGAGUCCUUCCAAAAUGCCAGAAACCAGCGGGAAGGUCGCUGAACCCACAGAGCAGCCCGCUGGUCCUAAUCAGGCGCAGCACCCUGGGGAGGCCUCCGGGGAAGGGCUGAGGCCAAGGGAGGCCCUUCGGCACCUGUCUCCGUCUGGAUGGGAGAGCAUCUCCAGGCCUGAGGCUGCCCAGCUGGCGUUCCAAAGCCUGGGGCCCGGCUUCUCGGGCUACGCGACCUACGGGUGGCUGCAGCUCUCCUGGUUCCAGCAGAUCUACGCCCGGCAGUACUACAUGCAGUACUUAGCGGCCACUGCUGCAUCGAGGACUUUUGUUCCCUCGCCAAGUGCACAAGAGAUCCCUGUGGUCUCCGCGCCUGCUCCAACUCCUAUUCACAACCAGUUUCCAGCUGAAAACCAGCCAGCCAAUCAGAACGCUGCUCCUCAAGUGGUGGUUAAUCCCGGGGCCAAUCAGAACUUGCGGAUGAAUGCCCAAGGUGGCCCUAUCGUGGAAGAAGAUGAUGAGAUAAAUCGCGAUUGGUUGGACUGGACCUAUUCGGCAGCAACGUUUUCCGUUUUCCUCAGUAUCCUCUACUUCUACUCCUCCCUGAGCAGGUUCCUCAUGGUCAUGGGAGCCACCGUGGUUAUGUACCUGCAUCACGUUGGGUGGUUUCCGUUUAGACAGAGGCCGGUCCAGAACUUUCCGAAUGAUGGUCCCCUUCAGGAAGCUGUAAAUCAGGACCCCAACAAUAACCUACAGGAAGGCCCCAAUCCUGAAAUGGAAGACCCCAACCACCUCCCUCCAGACAGGGAUGUACCAGGUGGCCAGCAGACCAGCCCCUCAUUUAUGAGCACAGCGUGGCUCGUCUUCAAGACUUUCUUUGCCUCUCUCCUUCCGGAAGGCCCGCCAGCCAUAGCAAACUGAUGCUGUUUGUUCUCUGGCUGCCGGAGGCUUGGACACACAUGGACUGGGUCACUUGACUCCAGCUAGAUUUCCUCACCUGCACACGGCAGUGGCGCAGAACUAGUAGAAGAAUCAAUAAAGGACGACAGUAUGCUUUUGUGAUCAAGCAAAAGCAGAAAAUAAGACGUGAAGCCAUGAUACAAAUUGAUGAACAAAAUAAUGCCCAAGGCUUCUCAUGUCUUUAUUUUGAAGAGCUUUAAUAUAUACUGUAUGUAGUUUAAUAGGCAUUGUAAAUAGAAGGCAUUAGUGUCGCAUGCUUAUGCCUGAGGAACUUUUCCGGAUGUGUGUGUCUGCAUGUGUGUUUGUACAUAGACGUCAUAGAGGCAGAAGUGGUUCUGCUGGUACGAUUUGAUUCCUGUUGGAAUGUUCAAAUUACACUAAGUGUACUACUUUAUAUAAUCAAUGAAAUUGCUAGACAUGUUUUAGCAGGACUUUUCUAGGAAAGACUUCUGUAUAAUUGCUUUUUAAAAUGCACAGCUUUACUCUCAACCAAGGGGAAAUUUGCAGAGGUGAAGGCCUUUGCUGGGUUUUUUGUUCAAUAAAGUUUUAUUAUGAAUGAUUCUG